GGUUAGCGGCGGAUCUUGUUUUGACCAAAUUAACGUCGGUUGAAUGCAUCAGUUUGGCCGGUGUAUUUCGGGAAGGUGCGCCGUGCGGCGAAUGCCUAAUCUACUGAUAUAAUAGCAUAAAUGUCAAAAACCCAAAAUCGACGAUCAGGUCCCCGGCGGAAUGAUCGGGCUGCCUCUUCGGGAAACCAGAGCGGUCCAGUAAAUUAUCCCGCGAAGAAAAGAGGCCGGGAGCUCCCCUCUCUCUACAUCCUUUUCUCUAUUAUAUGUGUGGCCAUAUCUGCUAUCGCAUAUCGAAAAAUAUACUCUCCGGCCACUGUGGUUCAUUCUCACAAACCAUACCUUUUUCAGCACGGCUUGGUCAAGACUGAUUUGAAUUACGACGAAGUGCUCACUGCGAAUUUUGAAGUAGAUGAAGAAGAUUCAACCAAAACACGUCGUCAUUUUCAGAAUCCUGUACUGGCUUAUAUCACGCCCUGGAAUUCAAAAGGUUACCACCUGGCAAAGAAGUUCUCCUCCAAAUUUACACAUCUGUCACCUGUUUGGUAUCAACUUAAAAGUGAAGGGGGCAACUUAGUUCUUGAUGGAAGGCAUAAUGCAGAUAAAGAAUGGAUUUCGGACAUUCACAAGAAAGGAGAUGCUCUGAUUUUACCCAGAGUUGUUCUUGAAGCUAUCCCCAUGGAUCUUCUUAAGAGGAAGAAAAAGAGGGAUAAAGCUAUAAGAAUUAUUAUUGCAGAGUGCAAGGAAAUGGAGUAUGAUGGUAUUGUUCUUGAGUCCUGGUCAAGGUGGGCAGCUUAUGGUGUGUUGGAUGAUCCUGAUAUACGGAAUAUGGCAUUGCAGUUUAUACGACAGCUUGGGGAAGCCAUGCGUUCUGUAAGGUUGGAAAGAAACAAGAAGAAAACACUGGAGUUAGUUUAUGUGAUAGGCCCACCACGUUCCGAUAAGCUGCAGGAUCGUGAUUUUGGGACCAAUGAUUUACAAAGUUUGGGUGAUGCUGUGGAUGGUUUCUCUCUUAUGACUUAUGACUUCUCAGGACCCCAAAAUCCAGGCCCAAAUGCACCACUUAAUUGGAUACACUCUACGUUGCAGCUCCUUCUUGGUGGUCGUGUAGGUCUCGAUCAUAGUUUGGCUAGAAAGAUAUUUCUUGGUAUCAAUUUCUACGGAAAUGAUUUUGUCAUUUCAGGAGGAUUAGGGGGCGGGCCUAUUAUAGCACAUGAGUAUGUGUCAUUGUUGGAGAAGCACAAGCCGGCAUUGGAGUGGGAAAACACCAGCGGGGAGCAUUUCUUCGUGUACACUGAUGAUCAACAUGCCAGACACGUCGUAUUCUACCCGUCGUUCUUGUCACUAGUAAUGCGGCUUGAGGCGGCUCUCUCCUGGGAUGUUGGCAUCUCAAUAUGGGAAAUUGGGCAAGGAUUGGAGUCCUUUUUUCCUUUGUUGUAAUAGUAGUCAAGACUCUCCUAUUUUUUUUUUUUUAUUUUGCCUCAUUCAUAGAAAUAUAGAAUCAUAGCCACUUGUAAGUUGUAACACAGAAUCUUACGAGUAUAAUUUGUUUGGUCUUGUUGGAAUUUGGUAGCAUUAUUUUGCUUAUUCUAAUUUUUUAUGAGAACAACUU